AUGGCGGGCAGGCAGAAAGCAGGUGGUGGGAGUCCCUCGAGCCGGUUCAGGGCAGACUGGAGCACCUACAGGUCAUUUUCUCUAUUCUUCACCUUUGUAACUUCGGUGAACUCAAUAGACGUUACUCAGCUGGGGAUUUCUCCCUUCUCAGGUACUGUCACUUGCCAUGACGACAGAAUGAUAGUGGAGUUUGCAAGCAAUCUUGGCAUCAAGAAAUGGCACGCGUCUGUGAUGGAUCCCUUUGGUCUUGAAAUGCUGAACUGUACUUAUGACCUGGACCCAGAAAAUCUCACCCUGAGGGCCCCCUAUGAGACCUGCACGAGGAGAGUGCUUAGCCAGCACCAGCUGACCAUCAGGUUCACGGACCACAGUGCUGCUGUGAGAAGGAAGGCUUUCACCUAUCAGAUCAGCUGUCCAGCUGUGCAAGUAGGAGGAGCCAACGAGCAUCCGGGAUCCACCGUCUGCACGAAGGAUUUCAUGUCUUUUACCUUUCAGGCUUUUCCUGGCAUGGCUGAUGAAAACACGGAAGCCCGACAUCCGAUGGGAUGGGCCAUCGAGGUGGGUGAUGGUGCCAGAGCCCAAACACUGACCCUGGGGGAGGCCAUGACACAAGGAUAUAAUCUCCUGAUCGACAGCUACAAGAUGACCAUCCAGGUGUCAUUCAAUGCCACUGGAGUGACGCACUACACGCAAGGUAACAGUCGUCUCUACACGGUGCCUCUGAAGCUUAUCCACAUAAUUCUUGGACAAAAGACCAUCUUAUCGUCACAAGUGACUUGUGUGACAGGUCCCAUGACCUGCAAUGCCACACACAUGACUCUCACCAUACCAGAGUUUCCUUGGAAGUUAAAAUCCGUGACCUUUGAAAAUAGAGACAUUGCCGCGAGCCAGUUACACCACAACGGGAUUGAUGUAGAAGCCAGAAAUGGCUUGAGACUGCACUUCCGCAAAACUCUUCUGCAAACAAAAUUCUCGGAGAAAUGCCUGCCUUAUCAGUUCUACUUAUCUUCACUCAAGCUGACUUUCUACUUUCGAGGGGAGAUAGUAUCCAUGGUGAUUCAUCCUGAGUGUCUCUGUGGGUCACCAGUUUCUAUAGUCACAGGUGAGCUGUGUACUCAGGACGGGUUUAUGGACAUCAAAGUCUACAGCCACCAAACAAGACCAGCUCUCAACCUGGAUACCCUCAAGGUGGGGGCCUCCUCCUGCCAGCCUACCUUGAAAACUCCAUCUCAGGGGCUGGUACACUUUCACGUGCCCCUGAAUGGAUGUGGAACCAGACAUAAGUUCAAGGAUGACAAGGUCAUGUACGAAAAUGAAAUACGCGCUCUCUGGGCAGACCUUCCUCCAAGCACAAUUUCCAGAGAUAGCGAAUUCAGAAUGACAGUGAGGUGCUAUUACAGCAGGGAUGACGCGCUCACAAACUCCAGUGUUGGAAGUGUCCCCCCUCCAGUGGCCUUAGCGGAGAAGGGCCCGCUCGCCUUCAUCCUGCAAGCCUACCCCGAUAACUCCUACCUGCAACCUUAUGGGCACGACGAGUACCCUGUGGUAAGAUACCUCCGCCAACCGAUCUACCUGGAAGCGAGGGUCGUGAACCGGAGGGACCCCGACAUCCAGCUGGCGUUGCAUGACUGCUGGGCCACGCCCACCAUGGACCCCGCCUCUCAGCCCCAGUGGAAUAUAGUCGUGGAUGGCUGUGCGUCCGACCUGGACAACCCCAGGACCACUUUCCAUGCCGUCGGCCCCUCCGUGACCCACCCUAAUCACUUCCAGAGGUUUGCUGUGAAGACCUUUGCCUUCAUGCCGGAGGGCCAAGUGCUCUUCAGCCUGGUCCACUUCCACUGCAGCGCCUCCAUCUGCACCGAACGCGCCCCUGACGCCCCUCUGUGUUGUGUGACUUGCCCUGUGUCAUCCAGAAGCAGGCGAGCCACAGGGGCCACUGAGGAAGAGAAAACCACAGUAAGUCUCCCGGGACCCAUCCUCCUGUUGCCAGAUGGCUCUUCAGUCAGAGAUGUUGUAGAUUCUACAGGGCAUGGGACUGCUGGAUAUGUGGCUUUUAAAACCAUGGCGGCUGUGGUUGCCUCGGCAGGUGUCAUGGCAACUCUAGGCCUCGCCCUUUACCUGAGCAAGAGGAGAAACAUGAUGUCAAACCACUAA